AUGACGGAACCCGCAAAGGCGGGUACGGGCGGUACGGAGAUCACGAUGCCGCUGCUCGAGGUAUCACCGGCUCGCACAUCGGAACGCCAAGCCUCACCCGUGCGCUUGUCCACAGAGCUCAUUUUAAAUGAACCGCCUGGCGACGGUGCGGAAUAUUGGCGACACGCUGCCAACUUGUGCAGAGGACAUACCUCAUACCACGGAACCUUUGGUUCAAAUGCCUUGGCCGCCACAACGGCCGCUCAUGUAAAGGCUCACGGGGGUGCAAGAAGUGCACCAACCGACACGAUGCUGCAUGAGGCUCAUCAGUCGAACUCAUCAGCGAAGCUGAUCACCAGCUCAGCUGCGUUCAGAACUUACCUUUGUUUCAGAAUCUCUCGUUCGCCAGCUCAACAUCACUCGUCAUCAUUCUGUCAUCCUCAUCACCGGAAUUGGUGGCGGAAAGUCCAUGCAAACUCGAGGAGUUGCAUUCCUCAAGCUCCGCUCACUUCGCUCAAGAUCAGACGUCAUCAUUCAAGCUCACAUUUGCAGACGUUAACAAAUAUCUUGCCAUCAUUCAACGCUGCACCACAGGAAUGGCCGCAUCUCACCAAGGUAACCUUGGCUGAUCCAGAUGUUUUGACACCUCGGCCAGUGGAUAUUAUCAUUGGAGCUGACUCAUAUGGGCAGAUCAUCAAGCCCAACAUCAUCAAACGAGAUACAUUGAUGCCAAUUGCGCAGCUCUCAAUCUUCGGAUGGCUCGUCCUCGGACCUGUCGACACAUCAUCAACGGCACCUGCUGCAGUGCAUCAUGCAUCGAUUCAGGAGAGGGAAAAUGCUCUCGACGAGUUACUGUCGAGAUGUUGGAUACAAGAAGAAGAGCCUGCGAGCAACAAUCUUGAUCUUACUCUUGACGAGCAACGAUGUGACGAACAUUUCAAGAAAUAUCGAGAUCUCAACCACAUAAAGAAAGCUUCACCCGUUUCCAGUCAGCAAACGCAAUAUUAUUUGCCACAUCACGGAGUGCUCAAACCAGACAGUGCAACCACGAAACCACGUGUGGUAUUCAAUGGCUCGAGCGCAUCUACAUCUGGCCGCUCACUUAAUGAUAUCAUGCAUACGGGAGCCAAGUUGCAUUUAGACGUCACCGAUGUCUUGCUCUGGAUUCGACAAUUUCGACACCUAGUUGCCACGGACAUCACCAAGAUGUAUAGACAGAUCAACGUGCAUGAAGAUGACUGGAACUUACAACGGAUUCUCUGGCUUGACGAACUGCUCAAUGAAGUGGCAUAUUAUCUAACCACGAUCACGUAUGGCACCAAGGCUGCCCCGUUCUUGGCAGUACAAACGCUGCUGCAACUGGUGAAGGACGAAGGCCAUAAUUUUCCUCUUGCAGUGCCGUCCAUCCUUCACGGUCGAUACGUCGACGACAGCUUUGGAGGCGCUGACACUGUCCAACAGUUAAUCAAAAUUGCAUUGCAGCUGAAGAACUUGUGCAUGGCGGGCGGUUUUCCCUUAGCCAAGUGGCACGCGACUCAUCCAGACGUGCUCACUGCGGUUCAAGCAGAGAAAAACCAGGGCUCACAAAUUACAUUUGACAAUUGCGCAAACAAGAUACUCGGAUUACGAUGGCUUCCUCAAGAAGAUUCAUUUGCAUUCGCAACAAGGAUCUCGUCGCAUACCGAUCAUCUCACCAAACGCCUCGUUUUGUCUGAAGUGGCUCAGAUAUUCGAUCCACUAGGCUUUGCAUCACCAGUUGUGAUCAAGGCGAAGAUGCUCUUGCAGGAGCUUUGGCAUCAUAAGCUCCAAUGGGAUGAACCACUGCCAUCCCAGCUCUCAUUACGGUGGCUCAUCAUCAGAAAGGAACUCACCAGCUUGCGCAAGAUCUCAAUACUUCGGUGGUAUACCACAUGGAGUACAUCGACAGUGGGAUUUCACGGCUUUUCUGAUGUUUCUCAACUGGCAAUGGCUGCAGUCGUAUCUAUCACCGUCCACGGCUCUAAUGGCGCCACGAUUUCAUUGGUGUGCUCCAAAACAAAGGUAGCACCACUCAAGCGGCUCACCAUCCCGAGACUUGAACUCACCGCAGCUCUGCUGCUCUCAAGACUCAUGCAAUACGUUCAAGCCACCUUGAAGUUGAACGUCACAGCAACUCACCUGUGGACGGACUCUGUUGUGAUACUCACGUGGAUCAAAUCUCAUGCAUCGCGCUGGAAGGAUUUAGUGAGAAAUCGGGUCUCUCAAAUUCAAAAGCUCACUGCGAACGCACAUUGGAAAUACGUACCAGGUACGUCCAACCCAGCCGAUUGCGCCUCACGAGGAUUAAAUACUGCUCAACUCCAAAGUCACUCAUUAUGGUGGACGGGACCACCGUGGAUACUCACCCCUGAAGCUUGGCCAUCUCAACCCGCGCUUUCGGACGAGUUAAGCGCGCAUGAGGCUCGUCCUGGCAUUGCGCUACAUGCGGCCGCAUCUCAACCGGACUAUCACUGGGACCUGAUAUAUAG